CAUUACGUCUCUUCUUUGAAAUAUUAUCACGGUGAUUUGGCAGCCAGAAACGUUCUCGUAGGUAAAAAUCUGGCCGUGAAGAUAUGUGACUUCGGCUUAGCUGCAGAUAUCUACCAAAAGGGAUACGAUCGCAUGGCACCGGGAAAGAAACGGCCAUACAAGUGGUCUAGCUUAGAGACCAUUUUAGAGGGAAUAUGCACAAUCAAAAGUGACGUCUGGUCAUAUGGAGUAGUCCUUUACGAAGUGUUCACUCUCGGUGCUGUUCCUUAUCCUCACACAGAUGCCCAGACGCUUAUUGAACAGCUCAAGGCAGGAACACGACUUCCAAAGCCAACAGAUUGCUUGAAUGAAGUGUAAGGUUUAUUUAAACACAGCUCUUGAUACUGAUUAGCAAUGAUUUAUUGGUGAACCUAAGUGCUCUUAUCAUGUGU